ACGGCGUACUGAACAUCCGCCGCAGCAGUCUUUCGCUCCGGUAACACACAUACACAAUAAUAAUAUACAAUAUCACAAAUUCACAAUAUUCACAGUGAUAGAAAAAAACGAGAAAAAAUAUCGAAAACAAAAAAAAGACGGCGACAAACGUAAAAUCGAACGCGUUCCGUUUUUCCAACUUAUCAACCGUUGUCGGGCACGCCGUUGUUUUGUACUCGUCACCGUGUUUUUGUUCCUCCCGUUCCCGUGACUUUAUUGUUAUUAGAUUUUUAGAUUAAUCAUUUCUCCGCUCCCGUGGAUCAUAGUCCGCCACCGACUACGGCAAAUGCGCUAUUAUUGCUGGACGACGACGUUUGCGCCCCAAACCCGUUGAUUCCGUUAUCGCGCAUUGCACGCACUAUAUCGUAUAUCGUGCGGUACCCGAUAAAAUAUCGUGUAGUCCAGUGAUAUCAAACACGGGUGUCCGUCUGAAAGUGAUUGAAUAUUGAAAUCUCUCACGUACGCGGCGGUAACGUAAAAUCAAAAACCAAAUAUCGCCGCUGCCGUCGUCCCACUGCUGUGACACCGAGCGAGAUGACCGAAAAUCGUAACGCGACAGUAAUUAUUGAGCCCGCACAUCAAUAUUUGUCCUGAACAUUCGCUGCCCGCUUCCAUCGGUCCGUUGUAAAUGUUCACUGAUAAUCCAUCACUAUGGGAAAGCUGCUUUCCAAAAUUUUUGGUAACAAAGAGAUGAGAAUACUUAUGCUUGGUUUGGAUGCAGCUGGAAAAACUACUAUCUUGUACAAAUUAAAAUUGGGUCAAUCUGUGACGACAAUACCAACAGUUGGCUUCAAUGUAGAAACAGUGAUUUACAAAAACGUGAAAAUUAAUGUUUGGGACGUCGGGGGUCAAGACAAAAUACGUCCACUAUGGCGACACUACUAUACAGGCACACAAGGUUUGAUCUUUGUUGUGGAUUGUGCAGAUCGUGAUCGUAUAGAUGAAGCUAAGCAAGAGUUGCAUCGGAUAAUAAAUGACCGAGAGAUGAGGGAUGCAAUAAUUUUAAUAUUUGCCAACAAACAAGACUUGACCAAUGCAAUGAAACCACACGAAAUACAAGAAAAACUUGGACUAACCAGAAUACGGGAUAGAAAUUGGUAUGUUCAACCAUCGUGUGCUACCACAGGAGAUGGAUUACAUGAAGGCCUCGCUUGGCUCACAUCAAAUUUUAAACAAUGAUACCAAAGUAUAAUAGAAUAUUAUACUUAAUAUAUAAUCAUUAUUCAAUUUAAAAGAAGCUUAGGACUAAAAGAAAUUCCAAACGUACAAAUUGAGUACAUUACUAGUUGUUAAAUGUAAAAAUGAACAUCAAUAUUUCAACUAAGAUGUCCAUUUUAAUAUAUAACUACUCUUUGAGAGGACUGGCCUAAUAAAAUACUGAAUUAUUCACAAUUGUUUAUAAUAUUAUAAUUAUAAUUUGUAAUGUGUACUGAACAAAAUUGUCAUAAUAUGCUAAAACUGCCUAACUACUCUUUUGAUGUGUAUAUUUGUAAAUUGAUCCCCUAUCAGUAUCAGUAUACAUAUUAGCUUAAACAAUAAAAAGUAAGCAAUAUUAUAUUUAUACAUAUAAAUUAAUUAAUAAUUAUUUAAUAUUUGUUCUCGAGUUUAGAAUAUUUUAUUUAGGCCUGUAAAAUAGUAUAUUUAAUAUGUACUAAGUAUCAUAAUAUUUUAUACAUAAAUACAGUUCAUAAUAAUUAGGAUUUUAUUUAAAAAAAUUGUAAUAAUAUUGUUUCAUGCGUGGAAGAAUCCUAUUUUUUAUUUUUAUUGUUAUUUAUUAUUUUGUACAAAAUAUUGAAUAAAUAUAUAAAAAAAAAA